AUGAUAACAGGUUUAGCUAGGCUAUCUUCUGGUUCCAGUAACGAUCCACCCACAGUUAUUAACAAAGACACUGAUGCAAUCAAGAGAGCUGCAGAUCAGCAUCACUGUAUUCAGCUGCUGAAGAGAGAAUCUCAGGAGCAAGAGGUGUCGUUUUUCACAAUGAGGUUUCUAAUCAUACUGUCACUACUUUUGAUCAAUGGCAAAAUAAUCGAUGGACAAACUUCAGCUCUCUCAGAUCCUACAACUUCUAUCUCUGAUCCAUGCUAUGAUUAUAGCAUUAUUGAUGAUUACUGGAGAGACAUACACCUACGUUCAUAUCAAGACUAUGGACAGGAUGACACUCUUGUAGAAUGGAGUGGCUGGUAUCGGCUGUAUCUGAAUGGAGAAAGUGCUCAGAUGUCUGAGUGGUGUGUGAGUCAUGUGGGAUGUGGUGGUGAAACUGGACUGUAUCUCAGUGGUUCUCAUCCAACACUUGAUGAUGGAGUUGUGACCCGGGAGGUUUCGGGAACUUAUUUAUUGUGGUGGUGGUUGUCUUCUAAGAGUGAGAGCUACAGUUCCACACCCAUUCGAAUUAAAGCUUGUUCAGGAAACUAUUAUGUCUAUGAGUUUGUCCAACCCAAUGUAUCAAUCCCCAGGCCAACAUACUGUGCAGUUGCUUUCCAAAGCCUCAGCAGUGAUCCCUGCUACAACUAUCAGCAUCUGGAUCGUCCCUGGAGAGCCAACAAUGAAAGUGGAGAUUACAUUUGUGAUGAAACUCUUGCCUGGGGUGGUUGGUACCGGCUUUUCUACUAUGGAAUGAACAUCCAGAUGCCAGAGACCUGUGUUAGUACAACAUACUGUAACGCAGGCAUCUCUCUGUCCCUCAAUGGUUCUCACCCUCAGAUAGAGGAUGGAGUGGUGACCAGAGAGGUCUGUGGGGAAGCUUAUUUGAAAGGUUGCUGUCUUUACAAGUCAAAACCCAUCAGAGUGAAAGCAUGCCCAGGCAAUUAUUAUGUCUAUGAACUUGUAAAUCCAAUAUUUGGUUGUUCAGGAUACUGCACAGAUGUUAACACCAUUUCACAGGCGGUUUCUACUGAAAGUCCAGUUAUAAUCACUGAAUCCAGCCUCACAUUAAAUUAUGACCCGUGCAAUAACUACAACAUACUCGACAACGGGAGAAGCACACUUAUUUACUGGCAUAUGUUUGGACCUGGAAGUGCACUUGAUGACAUUCUUAUAGAAUGGGACGGCUGGUAUCGACUCUUCAUGAAUGGCUUGAGUACUGAGAUGCCUGAGUGGUGUGCAUCAUUUAUGUCAUGUGGAGGUUUUAGUGGUCUGUGGCUUGGUGGAUCUCAUCCUCGUCUGGAAGAUGGUGUUGUUACUCGUGAAGUUUACGGCUCUCGCUAUGAUCAGUGCAGUUACUACAGAUCUGAACCAAUCCAAGUCAAAGCUUGUCCUGGAAAUUAUUAUGUCUACAAAUUUACCAGACCAACUGUUUCAAUCCCAGCUCCUAAAUACUGUGCAGUACCUUUCACCACCCUAAGUGUUGACCCCUGCUACACCUACACCAGUCUGGAUGAGCCUUGGAGAGCCACUGAUUAUUCUAACACAGGCGUGUGUGAUUAUAAUGUGGAGUGGAAUGGCUGGUACAGGAUGUUCUACAAUGGUCAGAGCACUCGGAUGCCAGAAUCAUGUGUUAAUCAAGGCAUGUGUGGGACGCAAUCCCCACUGUGGCUCAAUGACUCUCACCCACAGCUGGAAGAUGGAGUGGUCCUCCGUCAGGUCUGUGCUUCCACGUGGAGUGGUUGUUGUGGUUACACAUCCCACCCUAUAAGAGUCAAAGCCUGUCCUGGAAAUUACAAUGUUUAUGAGUUUGUCAAACCAAUGUUUUGCUCAGUUUACUGUGUAGAUACCACAGGUCUUAAUGAGACAUCUACAACAGAGACAAUCCCACCCAUAGAUUCCUUAACUCUGCCCAUCACUAACACUGAUUUGGAAGAUUGUUCUGAACUCAACUGCUCAGAGGAUGAGUGGUGUGGGAAGAAAAAUGGUGUCUAUGGCUGUUUAUGUAAUGACGACUUACCUAGACCACAAUCUGACUCUUUUGACUUCUCAGAGAGCUGUGAAAGCAGCUCUGGCUCCAUGUCUGUGUCUCGCUGUCAGCUCUUUGAGGCUGGUUUUCCAGCUGACGUCUUACACCUCAAUGAUCCCAGCUGCAGAGGAACAGUCCGGAAUGGCAGAGUGGAAUUCCAUUUUGAUAAUGAUGAACAUAUCUGUGGCACAAAUCUUCUGGCCAACGGCACCCACUUCAUCUACAGUAACUAUAUUCUGGGGACACCGAGGUCAGAAGGUCUCAUCAGCAGAGAGAAAAUCCUCAAGCUUUCUUUCAGCUGUGCUUAUCCUCAAACACAAACACUUUCCAUGAAUGUGGAAAUCAAUCCACUGGAGAGCAUUGUGCACAAGACUCUUCCCGCUGGAGAAGGCAGAUAUCAGGUUCGGAUGAUUCCAUAUGAGGAUGAUGAGUUUACUCGGCCCUUCACUGGUAGAGUGGAUGCAGAGCUGGACCAGAAGAUGAAUGUGGAAGUGCGUGUCGAGGGGGUUGACAGCCGUCAGUUUGCUCUGGUGAUGGACACGUGUUGGGCUACACCUGAGAAUGAUCCUGAUUACAGUCUCCGCUGGGAUCUCAUCCUCACAGAGUGUCCCAAUCCAAAUGAUGACACAGUGGAGCUGCUGCAGAACGGCGUCUCGACAUCCAGCCGUUUCUCCUUCAGGAUGUUCAUCUUCACUGCAAACUCCACUAAACUUUACCUGCACUGCGCUGUUCACCUGUGCCUUCUGUCAAGCAAUCGCUGCUCAACGGACUGUAACUCUGAACAUCAGUGGAGAGAGCGCAGGUCUCUGGACUUCCAUGACAGUGCUUCCAUAUCCCUGGGUCCUCUGAUGUUGUCUGAAGGAAGCACAGAAAAAUGGAUCCUAGAGCAAGUGAAGGCAUCGGAGGCUUCUCGUCUGUGUGCUUCUCUGAUGCUGUUACUUGCUCCUCUGAUGAGUUCCCUGAACCUCUUUUAGUUAAACUCAAAAGGUGCAACAUUUUACACAUAUAUUGCCAAUUUAAUUACUGUAGAACUAACGGCACCCUGGUUUUGUGGUUUCUUUAUUUCGUAACUGUUAUUUUAUGUUCCGAAUGAAUUGCUAUUUAACAAUACAUCAAUUGUUAUGCAUACUGCAUGCAUUGCAACAACAAUCAGUUUGUUUAUUUAAAUCAUUCCAAAACAUAAUUGGGAUAUUCCUGUUCUGGGGUUCUUUUUUGAUUAUUUAACUUCUAUAAAGGGCUGAUUUUCACACUAGUGCAACUAAAAUAUGUGAUAUGAUAGUAGGAAUCUAACAUGUCUCGCAUUUCUUAAAAAUUAUGUUUAGUAUGUCAUCCAGUAUAUAUGAAUAUAAUUUUGUCUUUCAGUAAAAAUAUAAGAAAGAUUAAUGAUCAUCAUCAUGC